AUGGCAUUGGUACACGCGAUCAUUAUCAGUGGUGAUGGCAGUUGGCAUCGUGGUGACGGACUUGGAUUUUGUGGAGGCUUUGCGCUUCCUGUCUGCCAGCAGAGGACCAAAGAUGUAGACCUCGACAAAUGGCCGAAAGACUCCGGAAGCCAUGGACCAGUUCAAAUCAGAGGCUGUGUGGACUGGGUUUGCACCGGACGAAGGAUGAUUAAACAGAAAUCGUUACUGUGGAGAUUUCGUCCUUUCUGCCACGAGCGGCCGAUUAGCGGUGUGAUUAGCUUGCACAGAACCACUCAUCCUUUCGUCAUGGUGUCCACAACAAAUGGUCACGUGUUGAUUGACUUGCUCCUCGAGGAGUCCUCAGAUGACUGUUCAAGAAGCUGUCCAGAAUCAAUCCAGAAACUCCACAGUGAGGAACAAGGCAGUUGUACCGGUCCCGGUGCGCCAGCCGAUGAUUUUUCCAUCUGGGUUGCGGGGGCCAUAGCAGCUUUCAUGAGACUGCAUCGCCUGUGA